GUGAGACGACGGGCCGCGCGCGGAUUGGCUGCUUCGGGCCGGGGGGGCUGAGGCCGGGCGGGCAGAGUCCACCCCGGAGCCUUCAAAUGGGGAGACCCGGGAGGCGCCAGCAGAAUCGAGACGGUACCACGAUUCUCGGGGCUAGCGGACGGCUGGAGGGAAGUGCAAAGGAACCGGCCCGCGCCGGGCGCCGAGCCGCACCGGCCCAGGCAGCGCCGCGCCCGCCGGGGGCCGUAGAGCACGCAUCUAGCCUCCAGCCAUGGGGUCGGCCGCAUUGGAAAUCAUGGGCCUGGUGCUGUGCCUGGUGGGCUGGGUGGGCCUGAUCCUGGCGUGCGGGCUGCCCAUGUGGCAGGUGACCGCUUUCCUGGACCACAACAUCGUGACGGCGCAGACCACCUGGAAGGGGCUGUGGAUGUCGUGCGUGGUGCAGAGCACAGGCCACAUGCAGUGCAAGGUGUAUGACUCCGUGCUGGCGCUGAGCACCGAGGUGCAGGCGGCGAGGGCGCUCACCGUGGGCGCGGUGCUGCUGGCGCUUGUGGCGCUCUUUGUGACCCUGGCGGGCGCGCAGUGCACCACCUGCGUGCCCGCAGGCCCGGCCAAGGCGCGCGUAGCCCUCACGGGCGGCGCGCUCUACGCGCUGUGCGGGCUGCUGGCGCUCGUGCCGCUUUGCUGGUUCGCCAACAUCGUGGUCCGCGAGUUCUACGACCCGACCGUACCCGUGUCGCAGAAGUACGAGCUGGGCGCGGCGCUGUACAUCGGCUGGGCGGCUUCGGCGCUGCUCAUGUGCGGAGGUGGCCUCGUGUGCUGCGGCGCCUGGGCCUGCGCCGGCCGCCCCGACUUCAGCUUCCCGGUCAAGUACUCGGCGCCGCGGCGGCCCACGGCCAGCGGCGACUACGACAAGAAGAACUACGUCUGAGGGCGCCGGGCACGGCUGGGCCCUUCCUGCCAGCCACGUCCGCGAGCCGUCGGGCCGGCCUGGGGAACCCGCGCAGACAGCGGCCUCGGCCGGGUCGCGCCGCGCACAGGCUCCGUGGGACUACCGGCUGCGCGCACGGCCGCAGCCCGUGGGCCGGCUCCUGCGGGCGCCCGCAGCGCGGCCUCUCCGGCCGGGACAGACGACACACAGUUGCAAGGACCUGAUUCGUUUUCCUUCUCUGGGCGCGUGCUGGAAUUCAUUGGCAGAGUGGGCACCAGACCGAAGGCGCUGCUUCCUCUUGGCAACUGACUCCCCAGGGGCCUCCAGCGGAGUCCAGAGGCACAUCACCCCAGCCUGAGGGAUGUGCACAGCCGCUGUUACCCUGUCAGGGUCCUGUGCUGAUGGACCCGGACCGAGCCCAGGACACAACCUCCCUGUCUCAUCCCCAGCAGCUCCCCAGGCAAGGCUUGUGGGUGUCAGAGAAUAGAGCUGGCUGGGGCCCUGCUCUCCUCUGCAGCUUGUGGGGUGGGAGUCAGGAGGUUAAGAAUUUGCUUAGUAAAUGGUUUGAACACUCUC